AUGUUAUUUGUUAAAAGAAAACUAUGGACGAUUAGUUCAUCGAUAUUUUUAGUUAUUGGUAUUGGUAUAUUAAUUGUUAUAUCAAACCUUUUUUUAAUGUUUAAACAAAGACAAAAUACUAUUCAUAUGAAUAAUAUUCUUUCAAAUUUAAAACUACAAAUGAAUCAAAUUGAAAAUUCAUCAAGAAUUUAUAAAUCAUUUGAAAAUGAUCUCCAAUCAAUAGUAACUACAGUUGAAUGUGUUGGUCCACUCUACAAUCAAUCGUGUCUCUAUAAAAAUCUUUAUUAUACAAAUCGUGGAUUUUGGGCUCUAUCAUUGAAAGAAACAAAUUUAUCUUUACCAGGUGUUCGACUUGAAGCAUUAGCUACUGUCGAUUAUCGACCAAAUCAUCGUGUAUUUGAUACAUAUGAAGAACUUCAUCAAUUUGUUCGUUUUAGUAUUGAUCCAAUAGUUCUUCCAGGUGUUACAAUUCAUUUCAAUCAACGUUGGCAUAAAAAUAUUGGUCACGCACUUUUUGAUGGACUCUAUCCAGCUUAUGUUGCACUUAUUCGUUUUGCUCCUAAACAUUUACGAAUAUUUCGUAUAUUUGUUGGUUUAGAUGAUGCCAAUUGUAAUAAUUGUUUUAGUGAAGAUGUGUACAGUCGGUUUGCUGGCGGUGGAUUCAUUAAAUCUAAUAUUAUUGAUAUGAUUAUGCCAAAUAGAUGGCUUCUUUUUGAAGAAUUAAUCUUAGGUUCUGGUAUGAUGUGUCAACGAUGUAUUCAAUCAAAUUAUCAACUAGCAGGUGGUGUAGAACUUGAUGGAUCUCGAUUAUUUCGCGAUCGAAUGUAUAAGCAACAUGGAAUUAUUCCUAUUGAUAUUCGAAAAAAUCAUUCAGCAGAAAAACGCGAUCCAAAAAUACCAUUGAAUACUUAUAUUAUUCAUAAUAAACGUUUUACAACAGAAGAACAAGAAGAAAUUCAAAUGGCUAUUAGUGAAAUUAAUAAUUAUACAGAUAAACAUAUAAAUAAAAGUCUAGAUGAUAUUAAAAAAUUACCAUAUCCACUAAUAAAUGUUUUCUAUCUAAAUUAUCGUAAUAUAACAGCAAAAACAAAUGUUUCAAAUGAAUUAAUAGAUAAUGAUUUUAUUGCUCAAUUAAGAGUUUUACGUGAUAUGGAUAUUCAUAUAACAGGACCUGGUACAGGUCAAAUGUAUCAAACAUUUCUUCGUGAUGGUUCAAUAAAUAUUAAUCUUGGAGGUUUAAAUCCGUAUAAAAAAGAAAAAACACCUAUUGCUUAUCCAUCAUUUCUCGAACAAUAUGUAACGGCCGGUACUCCAUAUAUCAAAGGUCUCUAUUAUCCAAUUAAUAAAAGACGAGAUGGAAUUACAAGAAUUGAAUUAGUUAAAUUGAUCAAGCAAGCAGCACAAUUGAUAAUGCAAGGAUUUUCUAUACCAGUAAAAGCUAAAGAUAAUUUAGCACCUGAUGGACAAGUAUUCGUAGAACAAUGUGAAAAUGAUAAAGAAUUUUGUAGUUUAGUUACAAUAAGAAAAUCUGGUUAUUUCUGGUGUAAUAAUAUGUGGACAGAAGAUUUAGUUCAUGAACGAAGACAAUGGGCACCAGGAGGAAUUCCUAUCGGCGAUUCAAAUGUUAGUUGUUCAUUCAAUCGUACAUUAUUACGUUUAUUAAGAGAAAAAUAUGCUAUUGAAUAUCGACCUGGUCGAGAAUAA